CCCCCACUCAGGUGUUGUAUUGUAGCCUGUAGCCAAGAUGGCGUCCAGAAGUCGUUCGCUCGCCCCUAAACUCUUCCAGCGUUUCCUGCAGGUUUGUGAGCAAUGGCCUGUUGACAAGAGCAGGGUGGGAAGAGAUCUUGGCGCACAUAUUAAGGAGAACUUUGGUGCUCACUUAAAAGAGAACAAACUAAAUGCCAAAGAUGCAGAGAGAAUGCUUGAUAGUCUGGUUAAGAUCAGCUCAAACUACUACAGAGAAAAGUACCCAAGGGAAAGGAACACAGCAUUUACCACAGAUGUAGCCAAAGAAGCAGGUUAUGUACUAUCUACAGAGUACCAAAAUCAAGUCCGGGAUAAGAAAAGUUUCUGGGAUAGAUUGACCAACAGGAAGAAGAUCUGGGACGACAAGUGAAUCAUCCUUUACUAUAAUUGUACAAUAGUGUAAAUAGAGAAGGGAAUUUUUGUUUACUACAACAGAAAAAAAAUGGGUUCAAACUUUAAGAAAAAUUCUGUAUGUCAAUGGCAUUUUAUACUUGUGCCCAUUUAUAAACAAGGAAAAUAAGUUGUAUGUUUGAAUUGGAAUUGUAUGCUGUGAUAAGUAGUUUUGAAUGAACUCCUUUGCUGGAACUCUGUUUUAUCCCUCGCAUUAAAUAUAUCAAUAACCUGUGGCCAGGAAUUAACUGCGAAUGAGUUAUCAUAACAAGCGGACCAUGUGGAAUGAUUAUUAUAACUUGAAUCACCACCAAGUCAAGUGUCUAGGAGCCCCAGACAGUGCCACCAUAUUGUAUGUAAUCAAUAUUAAAGAGAGAUCUCUAAAAAUCA